AUGAUUUAUGAUGAGAAUAAAGGACGUCAUGAAUUGUUAUUUAAACGUCUUAACAAUAUCGUGAAUCCAAAAGAUACAACUAUCCGUCUUAUAUCAACUACAGUAAGACAGAUUAAUGAUCGUGAAUACCCAAUGAGAUUAGAAGAUAUUAGGAAAUUGUUUGAUUAUCAUAUACUACCCGGAUAUCAAGAUAUGAAAGCUUUGAUUACAAAAGGUUCGACAUUUUGUAAUAUGAGAUGA